CUUAUCUCUUUUCUCUCUUCAGCCGCACCUCAAUUUCCAGCUACUAUCAGUCCAUCAAAGCCCUGCAAAAACCUCCAUAACUCAAAUCCAAUCCAGAAAACUAUUAUUAUGUCACUUCAUCCCACUGUUACCUGAAACUCAAUCCACAAUUCUAUCACACUUCACUGGCUAUGGAGCUCUGUUCAAGCUUCAAACCGCACUUGAAUGUCCAUCACCCAUCAGACCUCAGCUUUUCAUCCUCAUUAUCACCCUUCCCUCUCCAAACCCACCUCAAGAUUUCCAGAAUUCCGGCACCCAUUUCUCCAAAGUUCCGAAUUUUAGCCGUAGCGGUGGAGCCCAAAGAACUCCCGGAGAACAGCCCACAGAGGCUCCUGAAAGAGCUCGCGCAGCGCAGAAAGGCAACUUCCCCCAAGAAGAAGGCGCCGCCGAGACGGUUUAUACUCAAGCCUCCGCUAGAUGACGCGAGGCUAGCGGAAAGGUUUCUUAAUAGCCCGCAGUUGUCGUUAAAGUCGUUCCCUUUAUUGAGCUCUUGCCUGCCCCCUUCGAAGCUCAAUAAUUAUGAUAAAGCUUGGAUUGGGGACUAUUUGGUGGAGGCGAAGCAGGCUCUUGGGUACCCGCUGGAGCCGUCGGAUAACUUCGGGGACGAUAACCCGGCUAAGCAGUUUGAUACGCUGUUGUAUUUAGCCUUUCAGCACCCAUUUAUUGAGAAGAAUAAUGCGAGGCAUGUGAGGUCGGGGCACUCGAGGCUAGGGUUCUUGGGAGAAUAUGUGGUUGAAUUGGCCUUAUGCGAGUUCUUCUUGCAGAGGUAUCCCAGGGAAUCGCCUGGGCCGAUGAGGGAGAGAGUGUAUGCUUUGAUUGGGAAGAGGUUUCUCCCCAAGUGGAUCAAAGCUGCCAGUUUGCAAAAUUUGAUUUUUCCUUCUGAUGAUAUGGAUAAAUUGAAACGAUCAGAGCGAGAACCUCCCUGCAAAUCUGUAUUCUGGGCUUUGUUCGGAGCAAUCUAUUUGUGCUUUGGCAUGCCUGAAGUUUAUCGAGUUCUCUUCGAAGUAUUUGGAAUGGAUCCCGAGGCUGAAGACUGCCAACCCAGACUCAGGAGACAACUAGAGGAUGUAGACUAUGUAUCUGUAGAAUUUGAAGGCAACAAGCUAAGCUGGCAAGAUGUUGCUACAUACAAGCCUCCAGAAGAUGCUCUUUUUUCGCAUCCUAGGCUAUUCCGGGCAUGUGUUCCACCGGGCAUGCAUCGGUUCCGUGGAAAUAUAUGGGAUUACGAUACUAGACCUCAAGUCAUGAAAACACUCGGUUAUCCAUUGACAAUGACAGAUAGAAUUCGUGAGAUCACCGAUGCCAGAAACAUAGAACUUGGACUCGGUUUGCAGCUUGCUUUCAUGCACCCCUCAAAGUACAAGUUUGAACAUCCACGGUUUUGUUAUGAGCGAUUAGAAUAUCUCGGUCAGAAAAUCCAGGAUCUUAUAAUGGCGGAGAGGUUGCUUAUGAAGCAUCUGGAUGCACCCGGAAGAUGGUUGAUGGAGAGACAUCGUCGUAUCUUGAUGAACAAGUUCUGUGGGAAGUACUUGCGGGAAAAGUUUCUCCACCGGUUUAUCAUAUACAGCGAGGAAGUCCAGGAUGCAUACGAGCACAACCGGAGGUUGAGAAAUCCAGCCACGACUUCGGUUCAACAAGCCAUUCACGGUGUGUCAUAUGCCGUAUAUGGGAAACCAGAUGUCCGACGCCUCAUGUUUGAGGUUUUCGACUUUGAGCAAACCCAACCGAAGGCAGUUUAAGGCCUCGGUUUGAGACAUAGCAGCACGGUGUUCUACCCUAGUCUGAAGAUUCAUCGUCAGAUUGACAAGAAAAGUAGAAGAGGUUCGAAAUUGUUUGUAGUGAGAGAUUGAGAUUGCAGAUGAGAGGAAUGUACAGUUUUCCCCCAAUUCCCAUGUUAAGAUGUACAUCAAAUGUACUUGAGUUGUAUAAGAUGAGAUUCUGAUUCUCAUGGAUUCAAACUAUAAAAUCUUAGAGAGAGAGAGAAAAGCCAGGUUUUAGGGCAAAGUGGGGGUUCUAGUGACAGAGAGAAGCCAUGGCCAGAAUUGAGGAGAAGUUCCAAAGAAUGAUGAUAACUGGUGUGACAUAUUUUAUUUUAGGGUUUAUUCUACUUUUGAUCUUGUAUUAUUUCUAUUUAUGACAUGUGAUUACUUUGUGCUUGUGAGAAAAAAA